CACGCCUGCAGGGCCACGCACAGACGCUUAAGUUGACCACCAGGUGGUAAUUUGGAUCAGAUUCACUUCAAGCACCCACCAGCGUAUAUUACUUAGUCUUUGACUUGUCUCAUCGUUGACGCACGAUGUCUGAUCCACGAUUUGCGCGGUUGAAGACCGACCCCCGUUUCCGACGCCCCAAGAAACACCAGUCAAAAGUUGUCGUCGAUGAGCGUUUUAAAGGAAUUUUUGACGAAGACGGGUCUGGAAAAACGAAAUUGAAACAAAAAGGCAAAGGCAAAGAAAAACUGGGCAGAGUGGAUAAAUUUGGUCGCAAAGUUUCCGGGACUCAUGAGAAAGACACCCUCAGGCGGUUUUAUCGACUGGAGCAUGAAAAUGAGGAACCAGAGCCUCCGACCUCUACGCUACCUGACUACGCUCGUGGCGGCGUCCUCAUGGAAUCCUCAGAAUCAGAGGUGGAAAGCGAGGGUGCAGGCGACUCUGACGAGGAGAGCGAUGGCCCGGGAUUUAUCACGUUAGGCAGAGACCUCGAUGAAGAAGGCGAGAUCGAUCUUGAUGAGAGCACCUUUGCCGAUCUGGAUGCGCAAGCUGCUGCAUAUGCAAAAACAGUUUCAGAAGACGACAGUAAAGAAGCUGCGGAGAAAACCAGAAGAUUGGCUGUUGUUAAUCUUGAUUGGGACCAUGUCCGCGCAGCGCAUCUUUACAAAAUAUUUUCGUCACUUGUUUCGCCGGCUGCGCCUGCUACCCUUCCAGCAUCUGUACCAACGCGACUCGAGGAGGAAAAGUUUGUCAAGAACACGAAAAGCGCCAAGGCAACGGUCGCAAGAGGGAAGGUGCUGAGCGUCCGUGUAUAUCCAAGUGAGUUUGGGAAAGAGCGCAUCGCCAGGGAGGAGGAGGAGGGACCGCCUGUAGAGGUAUUCAAGCAGAAGAAGGUAGAAAACGAAGACGAUGUCAAUGAACGGACGAUUUACGAAACUGGAGACGGAGCGGACUAUGAUGAAAACGCUCUGAGAAAGUACCAGUUAGAAAGACUACGGUAUUAUUACGCGAUUGUUGAAUGUGACACCGUCGAAGCUGCUGUGCACAUUUACAACGAACUCGAAGGUACUGAACUUGAGCGUUCAGCAAAUGUAUUUGAUCUUAGCUUUGUGCCCGAUGAGAUGACAUUCGAUGAAGAAUAUCGCGACGAGGCAAUAGAUGAUCCCGGAACGCGGUAUCGAGCCGUAGAGUUCGUGACAGAUGCUCUCCGUCAUUCAAAAGUCAAGCUCACUUGGGACGAUGAUGAUCCGGAGCGCAAUCACAUUACUAGACGACCACUAACCAAGAAAGAGAUCGACGAAGCCGACUUCAAGGCGUAUAUCGCAUCCUCAUCUUCUGAGUCCGAUAAUGAUCCAGAUCCUGCGUCGAAGAAGAAGAGCCAGAAGAACGCCCAGAGAGACAAGCUUCGUGCGUUGCUUCUUGCCGGAGAUGAUGACGAACUUCCGGAGGGGUGGGGUCGGGAUGAUGAGGCGGGACAACAUGACGAUGUGGACAUGGAGAUCACCUUUACUCCUGGUCUCACUGAGGCCAAAAAUCCUGGGGACGAGACGACGAUGGAGAAAUAUCAAAGGAAGAUGAGGGAGAAACGUAAAAAGAGAAAGGAAGAGGUCAGAGUGAAGGCUACGGCAGACGUGGAUAUUGAAGGUGGACAGCAGUCCGGGAAAAAGGUCUCUUUUGAUGACGACUUUUUCGAGGGCGCAAGUGACAGUGGGAGCGAGGUUGAAUCUGAGGCGGAGAAGACAUCGAAGUCGAUGAAGCAAGUUUCGAGAACACGGGACGCCCAUGAGCCAACGCCACGCCAGGAUAUGAAGACCAUCGACAAGGCGGAGAAGAAGGGCAAAAAGAAAAGGGGAAAAAAGAAGGCGGACCAUGAAGAUGAUGAAGUCGAGGAUGAGUUCGUUGUCGACGUUAAAGAUGACCGGUUCAAGGCAAUCCACGAGGAUUAUCAAUUCGCCAUCGAUCCCAGUAAUCCUCACUUCAAAAAGACAAAAAGUAUGGUGGCCCUUCUUGAUGAACGAACGAAGCACCAAAAAAGGAGUCGCCCUGAAGACGAGAAAAAUACACGAGCCCCCGCAAAGGUGGAUGACACCAGCCUCAAGAACCUCGUGGAGAGCGUCAAACGGAAAAGUGCAGCGGCCGGUCAGGGUGGAUUGGGGAAGCGGCGUAAGCUAUAGCCUCGAUUUUUCCAUAUUUAUUCUCCUCUUUUUCUGCAUAUCAUGACGAGUGAGUAGCAUGUCGCGACAGUGAACUACAAGUAAAUCUCAAAUACUUGAAUGCAUAAAAUAUGACUGAAGUACUAUGACGCAAUUUUGUAGUCUUGUUGUAAGCUUGAACAUAGAAGCCCUCGAGCAUUUUUGGUCUGCACUGAGCCGCUGGGGUUUAUCACAACCCCAUUAGAUGGUGGUAUAUGUGAAAAAUC